UUGUCGCAGACAGUCGUUAGUUCGCGUUUGGUUUAUUUUAAAAUGUAUUCCCUUCGCGUAAUAAACUAAAAUAGUGUUUGUGAUUUGUAUGCUAUAUAUUCUGUAAAGCAUUAACAAUGUUUCGAAGUGAGGAGAUGGUGCUGUGUCAGCUCUUCGUACAGCCGGAAGCAGCUUACGUAUCGAUGUAUGAGCUGGGGGAAGCUGGCAUCGCUCAGUUCAGAGAUCUAAACCCCCACGUGAAUGAUUUUCAUCGUCGCUAUGUAACGGAAGUUCGUCGUUGUAGCGAGAUGGAACGGAAACUGCGAUGGGUCAGCGGCGAGUUGGCAGAACCGCCGCCCCCUCCCAAACCCGCGCCCAGGAUAAUGAGCCCUCGAGAGAUUAACAUAUUAGAGGAAAGAAUUGACUUCAUAGAAUCAGAGAUACAAGAAAUAACAAGAAACGCACAGAACCUAAAAACGGACUAUCUAUCGCUGAUCGAACUGAAAAUCCUUAUUGAGAAAACUCAAACGUUUUUCCAAGACCACAGCGCUCAUAGAAAAAUUUCUGCUUCAGUGCAAGUAUACAAUAACGAGGGAGUGGGGGGACAUUUGGGAUUCAUAGCUGGUGUCGUGGCGACACCAAGAGUUGCAUCCUUUGAGAGAAUGCUCUGGAGGAUUUCACAUGGCAACAUUUUCUUUAAGCAAGCGCAAAUUGAGGAGCCGUUAAAAGAUCCUGUGACGGGUCACGAACUACAAAAGACAGUUUUUGUUGUAUUUUUCCAUGGAGAGCAAAUUAAGUUACGAGUAAAGAAAGUGUGUACUGGGUUUCAAGCUACACUCUACCCGUGUCCGGCUACAUAUAAGGACCAACAGGACAUGUUAGCUGGAGUCGAAAGCAGAAUUAAGGAUUUGGAAAUGGUCCUCGAACAGACUGAACAACAUAGGAAACUGGUGUUAGCCAACAUAGCCAGAGACCUUAGUACCUGGAUGGUAGCGGUGAGGAAAGAGAAGGCAAUAUAUCACACUUUAAAUAUGUUUAGUAUGGAUAUUAUCAAGAAGUGCCUAAUAGCUGAGUGCUGGGUUCCGAAGCAGGAUUUACCACUCUUACAGAAGGCUUUGGAUGAUGGCGUGAAAGUAAGCGGUAGUCCAAUUCCGUCGAUUUUGAACCCGGUAGGCAGUCACGAAACUCCGCCUACCUUCAACAGAACUAACAAAUUCACGCGCGGAUUUCAGAACCUCAUUGAUUCCUAUGGAAUCGCUAGCUAUAGAGAAGUUAAUCCAGCUUUAUACACAAUAAUAACAUUCCCCUUUCUCUUCGCUGUGAUGUUCGGCGAUAUGGGACACGGUCUUAUCAUGACAAUUUUUGCCGCAAUUAUCAUAAUCUUCGAGAAAUCCUUAUCAAAAAAAAAGUCAGACAACGAAAUAUGGAACAUAUUCUUUGGCGGGAGAUAUAUUAUAUUAUUAAUGGGAAUAUUCUCAAUGUAUACGGGGUUGAUAUACAAUGAUAUUUUCUCGAAAUCCCUUAAUAUAUUUGGGAGUAGUUGGAAGAACGUGUACGAUAAUGAGACUUUGGUUAAACAUAAGAUGUUGGAUCUGGACCCAGCUGUUGCAUAUACGCAGACACCAUAUCCUUUGGGGAUCGAUCCAGCUUGGCAGUUCGCAUCAAACAACAUAAUAUUCUUAAAUUCGUUCAAAAUGAAGCUCUCAAUAAUAUUCGGUGUGAUCCACAUGGCGUUUGGUGUGUCAUUGAGUGUGGUAAACUUCAAAUUCUUCUCGAAACCGUACAUGAUAUUCCUCCAGUACAUCCCCCAAAUUCUAUUCUUGCUUCUUCUCUUCUGGUACCUUUGCAUCAUGAUGUUUAUGAAAUGGAUCAUGUACUCCACUGUGGCUGAAGACCCCGCAUUAGGUUCCGCGUGUGCUCCAUCAGUUUUGAUAAUGUUUAUAAACAUGAUGCUGCUGAAGAGCACAGAAGUGCGUUGGCCGUGUCAGCCAUUUAUGUAUGAGGGGCAAAAUGCUUUGCAAAGGACAUUUUUAGCUGUGGCUUUCCUGUGUAUUCCUGUUAUGCUGUUUGGAAAACCAGUUUAUCAAAUUAUAAAGAAACGAAAACAUAUUUCGGGAGUGGAAGAAGGGGAAGGUGAGAAAGUAGAAGAGCAAGAAGAGAUGGGUGAGAUGAUGAUAACACAGGCAAUUCACACUAUAGAAUACGUGUUGGGCGCUGUCUCCCACACGGCCUCUUAUCUUCGUCUUUGGGCUUUAUCGUUGGCUCAUGCACAACUCUCAGCGGUGUUAUGGCAGCGGCUCCUACGCAUGGGUUUAGGCGGUGGUCCACCAGUUAUGGCAAUAGCGUUAUAUAUGAUAUUUGGAGUUUGGGCCUUUUUCACGAUCGCUAUCCUUGUGCUUAUGGAGGGACUCUCUGCGUUCCUUCAUACACUUAGAUUACACUGGGUGGAGUUCAUGAGUAAAUUCUACGAAGGCCAAGGUUACGCUUUCUUGCCAUUCUCUUUCGCGGUGAUCCUGGAACAUGAUGAGGAGGACGUAAAGGUUAAGCCUACUGCUACUCAAUGACACAUAUAUAAUACAGAGCAUAGCUCACAAGAUACAUUACACUCAGAUAUAGAACAUAGAACUUGGUCCAGACAUUUUAUUGACGAGUGAUGGUCGGUGAUUGAUAUGAUGAUCGUGAAUGUUGAUUUAACAAGAAUAAGAUUGAAUAAAAAUUUAACUUAUGUUUAAUUAAGAAAAUGUUUUGUUGCAUGAAUUCCUAUUUUAUAAGAGUUAAAAAUAGCAGAUUUGAAAACGUAUAUAGCUUUAUAUAACUUUGAUAUAUGACAAAAACUUUGUUGAGAACAUAGAAUUGGUUAUAAAUAUUCGUAUCAAAGCCAAAACAUUAAAGCUUGCAGAUUCAAUGAUUUAGUACAUUCAUUAAAAAAAUUAGUAAAUUAUAAUUCGUAGAUAUGUUAUACGAUCAUCACUGCCGUACAAAUUGAAUAAUUUUAGUUUUAUUAAUAGUAAAGUAUACUAUAAGAACAUUUUGGGAUUGAAUUGUAUAUUUAAGAUUAUAUUUAGUAAUUUAAUAUAUUCAUGGCAAUGCACUCAAAGACGGUAAGUUAUACAGUUUUAAUCAUAAUAAUUGUACCUAAAUUCUGAUAAUACUUAAAUCUGAAAACAUAUGGUCUUGUAAAUACACUCAAAUUGUCAAUUCACUUAAUAACAUUUUUUAAAUUAGAUUGAGCGUAAUUUAGAAUUAAAGUUUUACCAAAGACUAGUUAUGUAACUUAGUGCCUUGGCUAUAUUUCGGAACUUCGAUAAAAU